CUUCUUGGAUCAACUAAAAGGUUAAAUGUAAACUAUCAAGACAGUGAUGGGUUUUCGGCUCUGCACCAUGCUGCACUUAGUGGAAACUCUGAACUCCUCCUUCUACUGCUGGAAACACAGGCGGCUGUGGACAUAAAGGAUGGCAAUGGCAUGCGCCCCUUGCACUAUGCAGCUUGGCAAGGCCAGCCAGAGCCUGUACGACUUCUUCUUCGAGCUGCCGCCAGUGUUAAUGCGGCUUCCAAUGAUGGACAGAUCCCCCUGCACUUAGCAGCACAGUAUGGGCACUAUGAGGUGUCUGAAACACUUUUGCAGCACCAAUCUAAUCCAUGCCAUGUCAACAAAUCCAAGAAAACCCCUCUAGACCUGGCUUGUGAAUUUGGAAGAGUAAAGGUGGUGCAGUUGCUGCUGAACAGUCACCUAUGUGUUUCUCUUGUGGAAGGCGUUACUAAAGAUCCCACAGAUCCCAAUUUCACCACACCUUUACACUUGGCUGCCAAAAAUGGUCACAGAGAGGUCAUCAGACUACUCCUUCAAGCUGGUAUUGAGAUUAAUAGGGUGACAAAAAUGGGCACUGCUUUGCAUGAAGCAUCUCUUUGUGGAAAGACUGAGAUUGUGAAGCUGCUAAUAGAGAAUGGCAUAGAUGUUAAUAUUCGCAACACAUACAAUCAGACCGCCCUGGAUAUUGUCAACCAGUUCACUACUACCCAUGCCAGCACUGACAUCAAACAACUUCUUAGAGAGGCAUCCGGGAUUCUCAAAGUUCGAGCUCUGAAGGAUUUCUGGAAUGCCCAUGAUCCAACUGCUCUAAAUGUUCGAGCUGGAGAUCUGAUAACGGUGCUGGAACAACAUCCAGAUGGCCGAUGGAAAGGUCAUAUCCAUGAUGCCCAAAAAGGAACUGAUAGGGUGGGCUUCUUCCCACCAGCAAUUGUAGAGGUCAUCAGUAAAAGGCCUGGAUCCACCCUAUCCCGUAACACCACUAUACCCUCUCAUCAGCGUUUGUCAAAGCCACCACUGCAUUUACCCAGUCAAUACGUUACAGUAACUGGAGUUGGCAUAAGUCCUGAGCUAACCGGAGCUGGUGAUCGGCACAGUGUGGGCAGUGAAGGGAGUCUAAGCAGUGUGCGCAGUGCGGGGAGUGGCCAGAGCUGUGAGGGGAGUGGCUUGAGCUCAGCUCUGCUCAUAGAGAAUGCUCAGAAUCUUCAUGUUGGCUAUGAGGAUCCCCAGAACAGACUAUCUGCUGGCAUGGUACCAAGUCACAUGGGACAUACAGGUCACACAGUGGAGAAAGACCCAAAUGUAUAUCUACAAGGAAAGGAUGCAGAACUUAUUUAUUGCUGGCUUCGUAGCUUCCAGCUAGACAUGUAUGUUGGGAACUUCUUAUCUGCAGGCUAUGACCUUUCAACAAUCAGCCGAAUGACUCCAGAGGAUCUGACAGCCAUUGGUGUGACAAAGCCGGGACACAGGAAGAAAAUAUCCACAGAGAUUGGCAAGCUGAAUGUAGCAGAUGGGCUACCACAAAAAAUGCCAGUAGACUUGGGGGAUUGGCUAACUCAGCUGCAACUUCCUGAGUACCAUAAACAGCUUACAGAAAAUGGAUAUGAAUCGCUUAGCAGUGUGACAGAAUUGACAUGGGAAGGCCUGCAAGAGAUUGGAAUAUUAAGACUAGGACACCAGAAGAAGUUGUUGCUAGGAGUAAAACGCUUGCUGGACCUUCAAAAAGGAUACACAAUAGGGGGAACCCUGAGAAGCAGAAAGCCAGGAUCCCUCUCUACUGUACCUUUUGUGGAAGCCUCUGAAAAUGGAGAACCACCUACCACACCUAAGCUGCAGACUUUUCAGAACAUAGAACUGAGCCGGGAACUGCAGAAUGCCCUAAUGCAUGGUGGUGACUUUUUGUGUGCUACUAGGCGUUCCUAUAGUCAGGAGAGUAUCAGUUCCCGGUCUCAGGGCUCUGGUCACUCCCAAGACUCAACAGGUUCAAACCCACCUCUGCUCCCUCCAUUUCAAGCAAUGGACUCCACUUUGCCAGAGAGGAAUUUGCCUGAGGGCAUGGAUCAUUCCCAUUGGCCCAAUAGAGUCCCCAAUGGGUGUUCAGUUAAACCGGAGCCACCUCCACCACCUCCAAAGCCCUCUAUGAAAAAGCGGUCACUAAGUGUUUGCCGCUAUGCACUGUCAGAUGGAGAGCCAGAGGAAGAGGACAAGGGUGCCACCUCAGGCAGUGGAGCAUUGAGCUCUUAUGCUACAUUAACUCGUCGACCUGGCCGCAGCUCCCUGACAAAUGGACAGCCUGAGAAAAAAAGUACAGCGGAGUCAUUCUUUUGCUGUACGAGCACGCCGGAAAGGACCACCUCCUCCACCUCCUAAGAGACUUAGCUCUAUGUCUAGUGUUGAUGGCCCACCUUCUAGUGGGCCCAACUUGGUUAAAAACCUGGUGGCCCAUAUAGAGGGAGGGCCAGAGUCAAAGACAGCAGAUGUUUGCAAAUCAGAUGUUUUUCAGAGCCCUGGUGGACGAAGGAGAACUGUGAGCGAGUCUGCAGCUGGUGUUGGGGAGAGGUUAUCUCUGCCACUCACAGUGAGACAAGAGGAGAGCAAAGAAGAAACUGUUCCAUCACAACACAGCUCAAGCGAAAGCAUUCCUUUUGCAGAGGAAGGAAACCUUACUAUCAAACAGAGACCCAAACCUCCAGGAUCUAAAGCAGAGUCUGUGAUCAAUGCAGAUCUGUUCUCUCCAGCAGUGCUAUCUCCUCUUUUAAAUUUGGAGGGCACUUCUGAAGCUCAGCAACUUCCAGGAACAAAAAUAGAGCCGCGUAUAAACACUGAGGUCCCAGCACUUUCUCAGACAGCAAUUCGGCCACAUGUAGGUGUUAAGCCCCAGAUUUGUCCUAAACCAAACACUGACCUUAAAGUGCCACCAGCAGUUACUAUGCCAAAAGUCAACACAGAGCCUGAAUUCAACCUCACAGAGUCUGACACUGUAAAGAGGAGGCCUAAAAUCAAAGAAAAAGAUGCAUGUGUUGAAGAGAAGCUGCAAUCACCUGUUUCCCCUGUACAAACUGGCACAAUCAUAUUAAAUGGUCUGCAAGAAACUGUGGUGACUAAAAUAGGAAAGUCUGAGAGAGGACUGAGCUUUGAAAAACGUGGCAAAGUUGAAAUGAUGGCUGGAGACCAUACAAACAGACAAGGCUCUCAUGCUGAUUUGGUGAUAUCUGGACCAGAGCUGGUACUACAGAAGCCUUCAUGGGGGACAAGUAGUGUAGCUACUACCACAAACUCCAUAUUGUGGACAAGUGAUCCACCUUCGCUCGUUAGGGAACGUAACAAUGUGCCCCCUCAGAGCAGGGAGAACUUGCAGCUAAGACAUUUCCUUUCUACAGACCUACAGAAACCUGAAGUGAGGCAAGGACCCAAGGAGAUAAAUAUCAGCAGUGAGACAGCAGCACCACUGGCCAAAAACAUCCUGGAUGACAUCAGUACAAUGUUUGAUGACCUUGCUGAGCAGCUGGAAGCCAUGUUGGACUGA